AUGAAUUAAGUUUUGCAGAGAUCUUCUUCCUUCUUUUUCUGUAAUUUUCUCACCAGAGAGAGUUUCUCGGUGCUUUCUUGUAUUAUUUAUAUUCAUGCGUUCUCUCUGCAGGGAUGAAUGGCAGGAACGAAGCAAAUUGUAAUGCCGAUUUUUCUUCUAGUUUUAUUGUUCUUGUUCAUUAGUUCGAGAGCCGAACAACCACCGUUCAGUAUAAAGCAACAUCUGUCUACUGUUACCAGAUAUAGUGCUGCAAAUGAUGGUCGUAAUAGUAACAUUGCUCCCGCUCCUGAUGGAUGUGUUCCAAUUCAUUUAAAUCUUGUGGCUAGGCACGGAACUCGUGAUCCAACCAAAAAACGGAUCAGAGAGCUAAACAACUUGGAAAGUCAAUUAGACAUGCUUAUAAGAGCUGCAGGGCAUGACUCGUCUCUGCGCAAAGUUCCUUCCUGGUUUAAGGGAUGGAAAUCUCCUUGGAGAGGAAAAGUGAAGGGUGGAGAAUUAAUUCCUGAAGGAGAGGAAGAAUUGUAUUAUCUUGGGAUCCGAACAAGAAAAUUGUUUUCUGACUUGUUUAGUGAUGAUUAUAGCUCAGAAGUAUAUACAAUUAAAGCAACUCAGGUUCCUCGGGCAUCAGCUAGUGCUGUGGCAUUUGGUAUGGGGCUAUUUAGUGGGAGAGGAAGCCUUGGAUCAGAUCGUCGUCGAGCUUUUUCUGUCAUCAGUGAGAGUCGUGCCAGUGAUACGAUGCUUAGGUUUUUUGAUUGUUGUCAGAAAUACGAGGAUUAUAGGAAGAAUCAGGAACCUGCCGUUGAUAAACUCAAGGAACCUGUACUUGAUGAUAUAACUAAGUCACUCACUGAACGUUAUGGGCUAAAUUUUACCCGGCUGCACAUUUCAUCACUUUGGUUUCUCUGUAAGCAGGAGGCAUCCUUAUUGAACAUAACAAAUCAAGCUUGUGGACUUUUCAGCCCUUCCGAGGUUGCUUUGUUGGAGUGGACGGAUGAUGUGGAGUUGUUUAUAUUGAAGGGUUAUGGUAAUUCAUUAAACUAUAAAAUGGGAAUUCCUUUGUUGGAAGAUGUUGUUCAAUCCAUGAAGCAAGCCAUCAAGGCCAAAGAAGAAAAGCUAGUUCUUGGCAGCUAUGAGAAGGCAAGACUUCGUUUUGCUCAUGCUGAAACUGUAGUUCCAUUCACAUGUUUGCUCGGGCUUUUCCUUGAAGGACCUGAUGUUGGACAAACACUAAGGGAGCAGCCUUUGCAACUUCCUCCACAGCCUCCAGCUACUAGAAUAUGGAAGGGAAGCACCGUUGCACCUUUUGCUGGGAAUAACAUGCUGGUUCUCUAUAGCUGCCCUGCUAACUUGUUGGAUAAGUACUUUGUGCGAGUUUUGCAUAAUGAAGAACCCAUAACAAUGCCGGGUUGUGACAAUUCGGAUUUUUGUUCCUUCAAAGUGUUCAUGGAAAACAUUGUGGCUCCUCAUCUUGAACAUGAUUUUGACACAUUGUGCACUGUGGAUGGGGAAGAACCUGUGCUGGAGCCUGAAUCAAACGCAGACGCUAGACUCAGAUCUGAGUUGUAGGGAAGAGUUAACUCACUUUAUGUGCUAAUUUCGGGUCUCGUUGAGCUUGAGCUUCCAUCUGUUUCGCAUGGCUUUGAUUCAAAGAUUUAGACUGAUGCCAUUUUGUAUUUUGUUAUACCGCCCAAGGCAAGUGCUUCAAUUUUUGUACUACAAAAUUAUACAAACUUUAGGUUUUACUUCUUUACGAUAUUCAUUCUUGUAUGUAUAUAUAUAUAUGAGGAAAAGGAUUGAGCUUGUUCAUCCUUUUA